AUGAUGGCAAUGCAGAGAGGACUUUUAACCCUCUCCCCCUCUAAUUCCAUAAGAUGGUCUUUCAAACCUAACAUCAGUUUGAUCCUCCUGCGGAAUUGCGCACAAUGGGCUGGAGCUAGGUCAAAUGAGAAUGAUGAGCUCUUUACAUACACAUCCGGCCGAUUCCUAUAUAACGAACGACGUCGCCUUGAAGAACGACGGAUUUCCUUCGAUGUUACUGCCCUGAAGGACGCCGCUGAAAAACACGUUGGACAUGGCAAAAUUACCAGCCUCCAAAAACUUGCCGAAGGAGGGUUUAAUCGGGUAUUCCUUCUGACCUCAGAGGACGGAUAUCAAGCUAUUGCCAAAAUUCCCUACACUAUCACUGUGCCGAAAGAAUACACCCCUGCAAUCAAAGUUGCUACAACAGACCUUCUACGGUCAAAGGGUGUCCCUGUGCCUCGUAUAUUUGGCUGGUCCACUGAUGCGAACCACCCAGUUAGCGUUGAAUAUAUAUCAUCAUGGAAAAACCAUCCGGGACCCCACUGGAGGCCAAAUGGCCUAAUCUAUCGAAGCACGAACGCCAAACGAGAAUGUGAAUGGACGAGAAGAUACGGCAGACCUCGCACUAUAGAAUUCCCACAUGUCGUCUACUUCGAGGACGUCAAUUCUCCUGACGAAUACACUCGACUUCUCAACCAAUAUAUGGAUGUGGCUUCUUACCUCCUUAGCUCAGAUUCUCAUAACGACCUGAGCUACCCUCUUUUGCGCCAUCCAGGUAAAAACAAGAUCUCCUCCAUAAUAGACUGGCAGCAUGCGAGCUUGCUUCCGCUUCUCCUCGCCACGGGCCAUCCUCCGGUGUUUCGGGGUCCUGAUCAACCACCACCACGGACACUCGAGAAGUCCAGCCUGCCUGAUGACUAUGACUCGAGAAGCCCAGAGCAAAAGUCACACGGGGCAUUUAUCAGGAUAUACGAAAACUGGCACCAUUUUAACACAAGCCUACCUCAGCCAGUUCCGUAUCCAAUCUCGUUUACCCAAUCCGAGAUUGAUAUAUACUACCAAUAGGAGCCAACUUGGUUUGAAAUGAAUGGCCUCGUUGAGUACUGGAAAUCGGAGCUAGGAAACCUGGGUGAUAAUGGCUGGGUGAGGGCUGACGAAGACACUGUGAAGAAGAGCAUAGAGUUAAAGCAGGUGUUACUGGAUGGCUCUGAUACGCCGGAGGAAGAACGAUCUGCUCAAGGGCAAUGGCCAUUCCAGGACCAUGACGAGGAUAGUCACUAG